UAAUUCGAGUAGUAAGCUUCUGGGUUUAUGUGGAAGGGCUGAGCCAGCUCCUGGAUGAAGAAAGAGACUGAGGGGAAGGGCAUGAACUUAAUUUUUUAAUUUGUGUGUGUGUGUGUGUGUGUGUGUGUUGGGGUUUUUUUUCCUUUUGCUGUGUGAAAUCUUUCAAGUUGCAGUCAUCAGCUGGUUGGCGCAAACUUCCCUUCCUCCCCAACCCACCUCUCUUCACUACUGUGUGUACACGAUUGUGCGUAUGGAUGUGAGUAAAAAUGGCUGUGUCUGAGUUUUGGGGAAAGGCAUGAGAGGGAAGGAAAGCAAAAAAGGUAUUCUCUUAUGCCUUCCUCUCCCAAUUCAGUGUGGUGAGCAAAGGGAACCAAGACCUUAAGUUUCUGGUCUUCACCCUGUUGCCAGUCAAGCGUCUGGUUCUAGGUUUCUGAGGGAGCAGGAAAGCAGAGAGUUCUCAUCACAGGAGGCAGAAAUGGAAAGGAGGGAAGGAGACAAGGCAUUCCAAGGAUUGAGAGAAGGGUUUGGGGGUAGAGAGAGAGAGGAAAUGGAGGUACCAGCCCCAGAUCAGGAUGCUACUGUACCAAACUGUUCUGCAGACAUUAAUGGGAGAGUGCAAUCUACUUAUUUUAGGGAAGCUUGUCCCGGGGCUUGGAUGGAGCAGUAGCUCUGAGAAAAGUAAACACUGGGGUUUGAACUGUUCUAUAAAGCCACAUAAAUCUGUCUACAUCCACUAGCUGGGUUUUGUAUUCAUUCUGGCAUGAUGGAUCUCUUUGGAGGCCCUGGGCCAGCAAGCUCCCAAUCUGAAAAAUGGGUGGGUGAGCCUAGAAUCCAGAAAAAUUACCUCGCUUAACUGUUCGCCUGACAUCCCCGGGUGGGGCCUCCACUCAGGUGGUACUCAAACCCAAGAAGAGUUCCCUAAGGCCAAAAGAUGAAAUCUGAUGCCUGGAGCAAAGGCAGAGGUGGGGAUGGGGAGUCAGAGAAGGGAGAGGCUUUGACCAGUUAUAUUUAGUUAGAGCAGAUCAAAAACACUCUUCAAUGGCAUCUUUCCGCUAUUAUCACGUUUUAUUGUCUUCUUUAUUUUCCUUUUCCAUGUGGAUCUUCUCACUUUUCUCUCAUCUGUCCUUUAAUCUGCAGCAAAUCUCUUCUAAUUCUCAUAUCCCAGAAAUUGAUUCCUUCUAUUCAAAUUCUUAAUAAUUAGGGAGAUAAUUCCUCAUUUGAGCCCUAUCUUUUGUUGUUGGGAAAAUACACUCAUCUCAGCAGAGGCCAGAGGAGACCAUCCACUUAGCAGGGAAUAUUUAUUGUGAUCAAUUUAUAGGUCUCUUCCUUUUAGGGGCCUCCUGCAUACUCCUCAAGCUUUAAAUGUGUUAUCUUUAGCGAGUCAGACCCCCCAGCCCCGAAAAAGACCACUCUUCAAAGUAGCUUAACUAUCCACUUCCUCCCAAAUAAAGCCUAAUUUUCUAAGCAUUUAAGACUUUGGAAUAAUCCACUUGACUGGCAGAAGGGGAAGAAUGUUUGGAAAUUCACCUCCAGUCGGACUUUCACGGUUCCUAUUGCCCUAAGUCAGCAGAAAGUCUAUAGCGCUGUGAUUUUUGGCGCAGUGUAGGGGCUCGGCUCAAUCAACAGCACUUGCACUUGCUUCCCGCCUCCUUACUUCACCAGCAAACCCCGUCCCCUCGGGCCGUGGACCAGCCCCGACGCCCCGCCCCACUCCUAAAGCAGGCGGGGCUGGUACUGCCGAGCCGGUGGCGGCAAAGGCUGCGACCGAGCUAGGAGGGCUGCGGGCUCCGCCGGGAUCCAGAGGGCCGGGGGAAGCGGGUGAGUUGGAGCGCAGGCCAGAGGGCUGGAAGCGCACCUAGUCCGGGCGCAGCCGGGGGACAUUCGUAGGGGCACGGAGCCCCCUUUCCCGCCAGAGGUUUAAAGGCGGGGGCUAGGGCGGUGCGCGCCCCCUAGGUGCGCACGCGCAGCUCCCACGUCCUACGUAGAGUCCACGAGGCAGAGGAUGGGGCGCGUGCUUUAGCUGCGCACGCGCAAUCAUCGCCCCUUUGUCUCCCGCGCGCGCGCGCGGGGUGGGGCUGUCGCGGAGAGUGGCUCGCAUCCCGGAAAGACCGUGUGCCGGGAGUCUGCACAUCCCAGCUGCGCGUUCGAGCUCCCGGUCCAGAUCAGAUCCGACAUCAUCUCUGCCUCCUGUCUCCGCCUACUUUCCCAUUCUGUUGGCUGGUCUGCCAGUGUGUGGACUUGUACAUCAUGAAUUGUGAACUUCUGGCCACAUGUAGUGCCCUUGGGUACUUGGAAGGAGACACAUAUCACAAGGACCCAGAUUGCUUAGAGAGUGUGAAAGAUUUGAUCCGCUACUUGAGGCACGAGGAUGAGACACGGGGUGUGCGGCAGCAGCUGGGGGCAGCCCAGAUCCUGCAGACUGACCUUCUUCCCAUCCUCACCCAGCACCACCAGGACAGGCCUCUCUUUGAUGCUGUUAUCAGGCUGAUGGUGAACUUGACACAGCCAGCCUUGCUGUGCUUUGGCAGUGUGCCCAAGGACCCCUGCCCCCGGCGCCAUUUCCUGCAGGCACUGGACUACUUGCAGGCUUACAAAGAGGCCUUUGCCAGCGAAAAACCUUUUGGAGUCCUCAGUGAAACCUUGUACGAGCUGCUGCAGCUGGGCUGGGAGGAAAGGCAGGAGGAAGACAACCUGCUGAUCGAGCGGAUCCUGCUGCUGGUCAGAAAUAUUCUCCACAUCCCAGCCAACCUUGAUAGGGAAAAGAGCAUCGAUGAUGGUGCCAGUGUUCAUGACCAGCUUCUCUGGGCGAUUCACCUCAGUGGCCUGGAUGACCUGCUCCUCUUCCUGGCCAGCUCAUCUGCUGAGCAGCAGUGGAGCCUACAUGUGCUAGAGAUUAUCUCUCUCAUGUUUCGUGACCAGAACCCCAAGCUGCUAGCAGGAGUAGGACAGGGCCACUUAGCUCAGGAGCGGAGCACAGAUGUGGCAGAACUGGAGGUGCUGCGCCAGCGCGAGGCAGCAGAGAGGAAAACCCGAGCCCUUCAGCGAGGCCACAGGCAUUCACGAUUUGGGGGCUCCUACAUCAUCCAGGGGUUGAAAUCCAUUGGUGACAGGGACCUCAUCUUUCACAAAGGUCUUCACAAUCUCCAAAACUACAGCUCAGAUUUGGGAAAGCAGCCCCAAAGAGUGCCGAAGCAUCGCCAGGCCGCCCAGGAGCUGUCUGCUCAGCGCCGCUCUGCCCUCAGUGUGAGACUCUUCCUCAGAGACUUCUGCUCUGAGUUCCUGGAGAACUGUUACAACCGGCUCAUGGGCUACGUGAAGGGUCUCCUGCUUCGGGAGAGGGCUCAGCAGCAUGAUGAGGUCUACUACAUGUGGGCCCUGGCCUUCUUCAUGGCCUUCAACCGAGCUGCCUCCUUCCAGCCGGGCUUGGUCUCUGAGACCCUCAGUGUCCACACCUUUCACUUCAUCGAGCAGAACCUCACCACCUACUAUGAGAUGAUGCUGACUGACCGCAAGGAGGCCACCUCCUGGGCACACCGGACGCACCUGGCUCUGAAGGCCUACCAGGAGCUGCUGGCCAUGGUGAACGAGAUGGACGCAGCCCCAGAUGUGGCUAUGAGGGAGAGCAGUCACGUCAUCAAGAACAACAUUUUCUAUGUGAUGGAAUACCGAGAGCUAUUCCUGACACUCUUUCGAAAGUUCAAUGAGAGACACCAGCCCCGCUCUUUCCUUCGUGACCUGGUGGAAACCACUCAUCUCUUCCUCAAGAUGUUGGAGCGGUUCUGUCAGAGCCGUGGGAACCUGCUGGUUACAGUGAACCAUCCCUGGCUGAUUCUUUAA